CGUGAAAUGCGGCAGAACAGAUUCGCCAAGGCAGUGGAAAGGAAGCGAGGCAGCGAGAGCACGAUUCUCCCCAGCUCUCUCUCGCUUCUGCUUGUCCCGUAGUGAAUGCUGACGAAGAAGACGACGUCCUCUAUCGUCCGACGAUAGAAUCAAAACACACACACACACACAAGAGAGAGAGAGAGAGAGAGAGAGAGAGAGAGAGAGAGAGAGAGAGCUGCACGGCUCGGGGUUGGUUUAAAAGUGCAGGGAAUCCGAAGUACAGAGGGGAGAGGGGAGAGAGGAGAGAGGAGAGAGGAGAGUGCUUCCUCCGUCCGAGCGGCGAUGCAUGCGGCACGUAUUGGCAGCUGCGCCGGUGGGUUGUACGACUGGCGGUCGUUGGAAGGAAAUCGUCGGGAUCCGGUGGCCAAGCCUGUCUCUCAGCCUACCGCCCAAUCUGCACGUGACCAGAGGCCACGUGGCAGCAUUCCAAUUGCUCGUGUCACGCGAGAAAGUGAAUGGGGUAACAAAUUGAGCGCCGGUAACAAAUUUAGCGCCGGUAACAAAUUUUGCGGUAGCAAAUUGAGCAGCAAAAUCUUGAAUGAUGACAAUUUAACUGGCAUCGUCGGCUUCUGGCGCGAAGCAACGUCGUGCGCGGCAGCGUGCGUGACGAAGACGAAGGGAUUGGGUGAAAGGAGUGAGGAAGCUGUUCGUCCGUGUGGGCGGGUCGCUCACACGUGCAUAUUUGGCGGGAGGGAGAGCGCUCUUCUUGCUACGGCGGACGGUAGAAAGAGCGGGAAAGCUUCUUUGCCGCCAAAUCGGGGAAGGCACGUUUGCCACGUGGACGGCGUCGGGGAACUAGAGCGCGAGGAGUCAGCAGCAUCGCCUCAGGCAUCCGGCGCAACUCAGUUGGGAAUGGACAUGGUCACCGAAGAUGACGUCACGAAGAAUACAGCUUCGGCUAUGGCGGACGAGAACGGCGACGGCGGUCAGAACCAGCGGUUUAUUGAUGCGCUAGUGAAUGAGGCUUGUAUUUGGUCGGCGUUGAAUGGGUUGCUUGUUGGCGAUGGUAGAUUGAAGGAAUCCAGUGCAGCUGGGAUGGGCAUGGUCCAUGCACCAGUGACAUUACUUCCCUCUCCGUUCUCUCGUGCGCUUUUUGAUGAAGUCAACGCAAUCGCUCCACUUUUUAAUGAGCUGGUCGACUGCAUAAGUCAAAAUGCGGACUUUCUACGGGGCACUCUCGCAAGUGCUAGCAGAGCCGACCCAUUCACCACAAAGCUGCUGCAGAUACACUCGACAAUUCUGGACGAAGGCGUUACGCAGGACAUUCAAUUAGGCCUUCAUCGAUCAGAUUACAUGCUGCAUCAUGCAACAAACCAGCUCCUUCAGGUCGAACUUAACACAAUCUCAGUGUCAUUUGCUGGCCUUGGGAGCCAAGUUACCAAGUUACACAAGCACAUCGUUGAGAAAAAUGGUGCAAGGCUUGGCCUCCAUGUCAGUGGAGUUCCCGAGAAUGUUGCGUCAAGUGCGCUGGCUGAGGGUCUUGCAACAGCUUGGAAGGAGUAUGGGGAUGACAGGCUCAUUGGCAGCGCAGAAUCAGCCUCAGCUCUUCGGCGCUUCUUUGCUGGAUUGUGGAGCCUCGAAGGGGAAGACAGUGAUGAGAUCAUCAGUGAGGCAAUCGCGAACCCACAUCGCUUUGUCUUGAAGCCGCAGAGAGAAGGAGGUGGGAACAACCUUUACGGAGAUAGCUUAAGGGAAAAACUGAUCGAGCUGCGAACGAGAGAUGAAAAGCACGCCCGUGGAGCGUACAUUCUAAUGCAGCGGAUCGAGCCACUUGUGCAGACAUCGUACCUGAUCCGACAUGGUCAAUGUGGAAUAGUGGAUACGUUAUCAGAGCUGGGAAUCUUUAGCACUUAUGUCAGGAAUGGGGAGAAAGUUGUGCUUAACAAAGCAGCAGGGCAUUUGCUCCGGACAAAGGCUGCAUCAUCAGAUGAAGGUGGAGUCGCUGCGGGGUUUGCUGUGCUGGAUAGUCCAUAUUUAGUCUGACACGACCAGGGGCUGAUCUUCAUCCUGAGCGCACAGUGCGCGCGCUGGAAUUCCAGCGCACAGCGCACUGCGCACCGCACCGCCCCGCACUGUGCACUGGUGCGCUGCAAGUAUGGUCAAAAGUAGUUGGGGGGGGAGGGGACGAAAAAGCCGUUUUAACUUUGAAAUUGUGAAGUUUGAAGUUUUAGUUACAAGGAAAAAAAACGAAAAAUGAAAAACGAAAAAUUAAAGCGUCUUGAAAGAAACUCAAAUGUAGUGACCAAAACUGACCUAGAAAGCAAAGAACCUGACCUAGAAAGUGCUACAAUUGUUCGAAAAAAAAAAAAACAAAAAAAAAACUCCGAAGUGGCUGUUACUCCACAGCAUGCGUAGGUUAAAACACCCACCUCGGUCAGUUUACAGUUUACCUCUCGAUAAGUAGGUUGGCACAAGUCAAUUUAAGAACAGCGGUUUUCUGUGGACAAUAGGCUCGAGUCUAAAUCGAUUUAAUCCAAUCGAAAUAGAGUCGAUCCCUGCAUCCUACCAAUUCACAGCAUCGAUGACCACCAUGCACGACUCUCGCAUAUCGUCCUGUCGACGGCAAAACCUGACAUCCAUCCAAGUGGUACUGACGAUGUUGACAACAGCUGGCAGCAAUGUACACUUGGUGCUCCCCAUGCUCUCAAAAGAUUUCCAAUCGGUGCAAAAACAGUCGCAGAAAUGGUUCCAAUAAACCCAUUGUGUGAAG